AUUUUACCCAUAAACUGCAAAAUUCCCUGAACCAUUUUCCCGCCAAAAUCAGAGAAACGGUGAUUCUGGAAUCCUCUCCGCCACUCCUCCGCCGUCGCCAUGUCGAAGAAAAGGGGUCUUUCAUUGGAAGAGAAGCGUGAGAAGAUGCUUCAAAUCUUUUACGAGUCUCAAGAUUUCUACCUGCUUAAGGAGCUUGAGAAGAUGGGUCCUAGGAAGGGUGUUAUAGCUCAAUCUGUGAAAGAUGUUAUCCAGAGUUUAGUGGAUGAUGACCUUGUUUCCAAAGAUAAGAUUGGAACUUCUGUGUAUUUUUGGAGUCUUCCUAGCUGUGCUGGAAAUCAGCUGAGGAACGUGACCUGCAAACUCGACUCUGAACUGCAAGGCAGUAAGAAUCGGCAUUCCCAACUUGUUGAACAAUGUGAGACACUGAAGAAGGGGAGAGAGGAAUCUGAUGAACGAGAGGUGGCCCUAGCAGAUCUAAAAGCCAUUGAGCUGAAGCAUAAAGAAUUGAAGGAUGAGCUGGCAAAGUUUAGAGAUAAUGAUCCGGCUGCCUUUGAAGCAAUGAAGGAUGCAAUUGGAGUUGCCCAUGCAUCAGCUAACAGAUGGACAGACAACAUUUUCACUUUGAAGCAAUGGUGUACAAACAACUUCCCUCAGGCUAAGGAACAACUUGAAAACUUGUACAAGGAGGUCGGUAUAACUGAUGAUUUUGACUAUUUGGAGUUAGCACCUGUUCUCCUCAAAGCAGUUGCUGAUUAAUUACUUAGCCUAUCUGAAGGCGCAGUACUGGCUGCCGUGCUUCUCUCAAGCACCGAUAAUUAAAAUCUAAAAGUUAGUAUUGCUAAUGACAUCCUCAUACAUAGAGAAAUGUCUUGUUGUUUUCUCUUUCUUGUUCAUUCUUGCUGUCAUGAUAUUUUAGCUUGCAGUUGCAGUAUAUUUGGAAGCACAGAAACUUCAAAACAGUAGAUAUGUCUCUUUUAAAAAUCGUGUCGUGUUGUAUCUUUGUCUCAUGUAUCCGUGUUUCAUCGAGUAUAGAUAUACUAGUAUUAUCUUUUACUACCUAUUUUUUGGGUUCCCAUCUCUUGAUUGAAGUAGGGGUUGCUUGCUUUAAGAAGGCUUUGUAGUGUGAUUUAUUGAUUUCUUGAUACCUUCACAUUUUGUUUUUAUGGCAAGAAAAGUAUAUAUUUUGAA